CUGCUAGUCAGAGCUCUAUAUUCAUUUGACGCUCUACUUGAGCCAGUAAAUAGCAGAUUUUUUUUAGCAAGUCACAAGGAAUCAGCGGAGAUAACAGCCACUCUCUACACAUCACUCUUGUUGGCUUUGUUGUUGCAGAGGAUUUGUUUUCUUUUCUUCUUUCUUAAGGUAACAAAUAAAGGAAACGGGUACACCACAAACUAGUAAUUAAAAUGUGAAUUGAUUGUCAAGUUGUCAAGUCAAAUUAUUAUAAGGACAGCGACUAAAAAUGAAAGAAAAACAAGUUAUAGACUUGAAUUUUCGUAUCUCAGGAGCGGACGGUGUUUAUUACGGGAGCACGUUGACCAGCGUGUUAGGAGACUCCACGCCAGAUAGGAAAUCGCUGCGAACUCUGGAGUGUGUCCGGGUGUCGAGCAAGCCAAAGUUGAAAUCUGGACGAUCCGUUACUUCUGUGUCUCGUCUGACCGUGUCCAGCUCGCCGGCAGAUGACCACUUCAGCAAGGACGUGAGGCUGAGGACAAUCUCUUGGACCAGCCGCUCGAGUUUCAGCCGGGGGUGUUCGGCGUCUUCCAGCCUCAGCAUGAGUGGAACGAAUCCCGCCACGGCCACAGCAAGUUCUGUUUUCUCCCCACGCAGCUGUUGGCAGGGGGGUCGUUCCUGCUCGACAGUUAGUCGUAGUACCCGGGGGUUCAGGCGCUACAACAUGGCCAGCAGCGCCACUGGAGCCUACAGUCUCGGCGCUGACAACAUUGGAGAAAGUUCUAGAGAUGAAGAGAAAAUGAGAACGUCACAAAGUUUUGCUUCAACUUUACCCGAUCUCAAAGUCUGGAUCUUAGAGGAUUUUAAUCUUCAACUCCUGACAUCAAAAGAUAUGGGUUUUUUCCACCAAGCAAAUAUUUAUAUCAUAUCAAAGAGAGACACAGAUGGAGCUACAUUCUUACAUAUUUGGCAUGGCAGUCUAUCUUCAAAGAAAGAAUCUACCAUAGCAAGAGAAAAAGCAGGAAUCCUUGACCUUUCUAUGGAUGGUGCAACAUUUGUGUCUUUGGAGCAUGAAGGCAAUGAGACAGCAACAUUUUUAUCUCAUUUUCCUGAUGGCAUUGUAAUUGUUGAAGGAAAAUCAAAGCAGUCUUUGGAAAGAUCAACCAAGUAUGCUAAAAAACUGUACCUUGUUACAGGCAGAAGUCAACCAUUGGCUACUUGUGUAGACUGCUCCGUGUCUUUAGCCACACCAAAUCAUGUCCUCAUACUUGACAGUCAUCCCAGAAUAUACGUGUGGGUUGGUGAACAUGUUGAUUAUGUAUUGAAAGUUAAGGCAAUAAAGCUUGCUAAGAAAAUCAGAGAUUUUCAAAGAAAUGGGAAAUGUCAUAUUAUAAUUAUAGACAAAAGUGUCUCAGAGCUGGCAAAUUUAUUUAUUAAAAAACUGGAAACAUUCCAACAAAGUGAACCAAGUUUGAGAACAAAAAUUUCAGAAAACUUUCCUGAGUCAACACCUCAAUUGUACAGAGUGAAUGGUGACCGGGUGUUGUAUGACAUGCCUUUAGUUGUCACUCGACCACUUCAGCAAAAGUAUCUAACAUCAAAGGAUUCCUUUAUCUUGGAAACUAAACCUACUGAGCCCCUGUUUAUUUGGGUAGGGUCUAAGUCCGACCCUGAUGCCACUAGUGAAGCAUUGAAAUGUGCAGAGGCUUUUGUCAGUUACCACAACACCUCACCUAAAAGAGCCGUGUGUCGAGUGACAGAAGGAGAUGAACCAACCAGUUUCAAAAAAUAUUUCUCAGACUGGAAAGAUCGUUUGGUCAAAAAGUCACGUGUUGUUCAUCAUUACAAUAUUUCUAACAUAGAGAGAUCACUCUUUUCAAAAAACAACAACCAUUCUAAUGGCAAAGUAACAGAAGUAUCAAUGAAAGAUUAUGAUUUAUUAGAUGGGAAUGGUGAUCUACAGAUCUGGAAAGUAAAUGACGAGUAUUUGGUUUUGUUACCUAUAGAACAACAGUGGGUCUUUGACAACUGGAGUUGUUACAUCAUACUUUACAGUGAGAGCAGGGGAGGUCGUGAUAUAAGCAUUAUCUUCUAUUGGGUGGGAGCAAAAACAAAUAGAGAAGAAGAAGUACAAGCACAAAAAUCAGCACUUGCAAUGGACCAAGCCCUAGGACAUAAAAAUGUCAUAGUUCGAAUAUUAGAUGGAAAAGAAACCAGUCAUUUUAUGACAGCCUUACAAAACAACAUAAUUGUGUAUGAUGUAGAUCAGCAGUUGAGGGAAAAUGCCGCAAACUAUUGCAGCAAUAAUGUAACCAAAAUGUACUCUGUCAAAGAAGUCACAAAACACAGCACAAGAAUUUCUCAGGUGCCUCCAGUGUCCAGUUCCUUAAAUACAAAUGCAGCAUUCAUCAUCACCUCACCAGAAGUCUCAUUUCUUUGGUAUGGCAAGAAUGCCAGUGCCUAUGAAAGAGAAUAUUCAAAAUCAAUGCUUGCAUAUUUUUCUCCAGGGAAGACGUAUGACUAUGACAUUUUUUUGGAAGGAAAGGAGACUGCUAAGGUCUGGUCUGCUGUAGAGAUUGAUGAGCAGCCUUCAAUGGAUAUGGAAAAACAUAGCUUGCCUAGCUGUCAACCUAAACUUGUUUUAUGUAAGAAACACCUAGGAAAAUGGAAAUUUGACUACCUUGAUAAUUUCACUCAAGAAGAUUUAUGUGAAAAUGUGCAAUUUAUUCUUGAUUUGCAAAAUGAAGUCUUGUUAUGGACAGGAAUUUCAGUACCUGAUAGAAACCAUGAACUGCUUUCUGGAAUUUUAAAUGAAUUUGUAGACUCUGAUCCGGCUGGAAGAAAUAUGUCUGACCUCCAGGUGUGGUAUGUCAAUCAAGGAUAUGAGCCACAAGUUUUCAAAAAACAUUUUCAAAUAUGGGAAGAAACAAAUUAUGGGGGCGAAUUGGCUUAUGAAAUAGCAAGAAAAAGGUUAAGGCAAGAGAAUGCCCUCAUUGAUUGUGAGGUGAAUAACAAAGAAUUGGAUCACUAUGUCAAAAUACCAUACAAAAAUCUGAUUACUAAAGACAAGUUGCCAGAUAGCAUUGAUAGAAAUCAUUUGGAGCUGUAUUUAUCAGAUAAGGAUUUCAUGCAAAUUCUGAACAUGCCAAGAACAGAAUUUUACAGGAUGCCGGCCUGGAAGCAAAAACAAAUAUUAAAAUCUGCCAAGUUGUUUGUUUCUGCUAGUAAAACUCAAGACAAUUAUUUAACUAGUCAUAAUGAAGUAAAGGCUGCAUAGAAAACUAUGAAACUUAAAUGACAAAGCUAUUAAAUGUUAAUUUAAUGUUAAUAUUAUUAUAUAUUGAUAUAUUAUGUGUACAGUUGCCCAUCUUAUUAAAGAUUUAUAUUUGAUGGUAUAUUAUGUAUAUUAUUGUAUUAUUAAACAGUUGUACUUUUAAACUAAAGAGCUAGGACAAAAUGGUGUUAUCUUUGUUGCACAGCUUUAAACUUAUUGAAAAUAAAUAAAAUAUUACUCUAGUAGUCUAAAAUUAUACACCUAUUACUUUUACAUACAAAUACAAAUUUCAUUUAUAUAUUGGGAUUACUAAAGAAAUAAAAUUUAAUGUCAUGUUUAAGUUUAACAUUUUCUUCCAACUACUUUUGAUA